GGAGAGUAAGCAUGUGAGGGAGAUAGAAGUCAGAUACCGCUUCAAACUGUUGAUGGUAAAGUCAAUCGCUGAAGAAACGGUUCUUGUUAAAGAGCUGAGAGAAGGUAAUAUUGGAGAGCAACAUGAAGCGAGCGGGUACAGCUAGAACGAGGCUGCAUGGAGGGCUCUGUCACUGAUCAGGGUGUACAUCAAGCAGGUAAUUAGAGACCCGACACUGGUACAUGACGACAACUGCAGCGUUACCAUGGAGACUGGAAAGCCGGGACUUGCAAGUGUUCCAGUGCACAUCAGCUCAGUCGGAGCGCAGGCAGAGAAAAAAGGGUUGGACGUCCAGGCACCUCUAACGGCUGUUUACAUUCAAACAGUUCCCGCCUUGCCGAUGCAACCUUACCCUCAACCUCCACUAGAUACCAGAAUGGCAAGUGCACUCCAUUUGGCCAUGCCGCCGCUAUACUCCAAGGAGACACUUCCCUUCCUGACUCUGCAUCUCGCUGGCGGACUGCAGCCUAAACUGGGACUAAAUGGUGCCGCUGCAGCUCCUGCAGUCAAGCCCAAGUCUGCUGGCAAACAUUUGUGUCCUCACUGUGGACGGGACUGUAUGAAACCCAGUGUGUUGGAGAAGCACCUCCGCUGCCACACAGGAGAGCGACCAUACCCCUGCACCACCUGUGGAGUGUCUUUUAAGACUCAGAGCAACCUCUACAAGCAUAGGCGAACACAAGCACAUGCACGCCAAUCCUCUGAGUCAGAGCAGAGCAGCCUGGGCAGCCAAGACAGCAUGUACAGCUCAAGAGAGACUUGUUCCUCCAGUUUGUCUCUGGAUGAGCAAUGUGAAGAGUUGGGCAGUGAGGAAAACCAUCACGCCACACCAACCGCUGCUGAGAGCACGAUUCCGGCUGUUCAGAUGCAAAGUUCUGUCAGUGAACAGAGAAAAACAACCCCAGGAGUUUCCACUACAGAAACAAAUGGGAGCGAAAAAUUAACAGUGGAGGGGGAUAAACAUAAAAUGGAAAAUACAAAACAGUCUUUGACAAUCAGUCGGCCUCUCCAACUUCAGAGACAAGAAGCCACCCUAUUCUCCAAACAGUGGGAGAGUUCUGUAUCUAGAGGGAAAUCGCAAAGUUAUGAGAGUACAGACUCUGGUUUCAGCGAGAGCAGUGAUCGUUAUCCAAGUCCCAGCAGUCUCUUACCUGAGCACAGUGUGGAUUCCCUUUCUAAUCCUAGCAAGGAGUCUCUUGAAGAAACCAAGAACACACGUUUAUCUUCAGAAAAAGGCCAGGGUGGAAGGGAAGAAAAAGAUACUGCAAGGGUGCAGGAGCAAAAGAUGCUAGAGGAACGGAUAUCAAAGCUGAUAUCAGAGAACACAGCUGUUGUAGAAGACAAACAACUUGAAAAUGUAAGGCCAAGAAAGACUGUUUUGUCAAAGCAGGGUAGCAUUGACCUUCCCAUGCCAUACACCUACAAAGACUCUUUCCACUUUGACAUGAGGAUCAACCCGGCUCAAAAUACUAGGCUGCAAAGACACAGCAAGCACGGGUUGUACAACUCUGUACCCACUCAGUGCUCCACUGCCAUGGAACAUGCCCCCCUAACACGCAGCAGUUCACUCCCUUUCAGUGUUACCCUUAUGCAGCCUGAGAGAAGCAGCCCAACUUUAUCCAAUCAGAGUGAUUAUGUAACAGACAUCCGGAGGGGAAGCUCUGGCCAGAUCAACCCAACAGGUUUAUUGAAGAAGCCUGUGAACCAGCACUCGUCUGCUCACCGCCCACUGGUUCGGCAGACAGCCGUAGACUGCAACCACGCAACAGACAGCCUCCUCACAACUUCAUCUGUGGAGGAGGCGGCCACCAGCAGUCUCAGCUGUGAUGUAGAUGGCAGUGACAUUAUCGGAGAGCAAAGCAGCAGAAAGUUCCGGAGGAAGAAAACACAGAAGUUUGCUUACAACAAGUGGUACAUGUAUGGGGGUGGAACAUUUAAAAAGCUCUACGAUCCUGACAAAAGUGGUGAUACCAGUGCUUUCAAAGGCAGGAAAUAUUCAACCAACCUGGUUCAGGAGGCAGUGCAGGAUCAACAGAAAAGGGCUUCAGUGGUUCACAAAGAAACAGUAACAAGAUCAGGCUCAACAAUAAACUUCUCAACCAGCAAUGCCACAGCGGGCCAUCUGCAUGCUAAUCUCUCCGCUGUCUCUUCUGUAGAGCUAAAUGUACAAAGAUCUCACCUUCAUUCAGCAAAUACUUCUACUAAGGCUCCACCCAGGAGACAUUUAUCUCUGUCAGGAUUGCCAUCACCUGCCACCAGAUCGGUGCCUGGCCACCAAACAGAGUCUUUCAACCAAACAGAGACAGGAAGAAGAAAUGUUCCAAAACAUUCUAACUCCACAACAGAAAAUUGUGAAACCCAUGUUCCAUCUGACAGGAAAAAACAAAAACCUGGAGACAAAAAAAAUUCCCUUCUGGAGAUGGAGCCUGACCCAAACCCAACAACUCAGCAACCUGCAUCUGCCACUGGGAGUUCUCCUCUGCAGGAUACAGAGCUUACUUCUGCCCAACCUAAAGAAAUCCCAAAUUCUCCAGAACUCAAAGGAGCCCUCAUUUUUCCAUGCUUACUCAAUGCAAAUGUUUCUCAGAUUAGCACUUCAGGAGCCACUGCAGUUCCUGUUGCUGCCAAGAGCAGCUUCCUCCCCAAGUACCAGCUGAAGUUACCCAAUGCCCAUGAAUCUCAUCCUACGUCUGUACUACAAGUUGUGAUUAAAAAGGGAACAAAGGACUUUACUCCAACUCCUGCUUUGUUAUCCACUCCUACCAACCAAACCUCUGUGGUGCCUUGUGAAAGCACAUUUCAAAACCCUGUCACUUUACCGUCCAUGCAAACACAAGACCACCUUGCCUUCUCUUGCACAGUCACAAGUCUGUGUCAAAUUAAAACUUCACAACACAGCUGUAGUUUGCCGUCUUGUGUAUCCGUCAUGCAAAGUCAGUUUGCAGAAACCACAGUAACCACAAGCUGCUUUCAAGAUUAUACAAGUGGAUUAUGCAGUGCUUUAUUGCAUUGUUCAAAAACUGCAACUGACUCAAUGCAUAAACAGAUACCCAGACCUCUCGCAACUGCCAUUCCAAGCUUGUCUUUGCCCACAGUAAAUAAUCAGACAUCUACUGCCACCAUCACAGGUCUUCCACAUCAUCUGUCUUACCACAGCUCCAACCCUCCCCCGGGACAUAAGCAAAUUUUAGCUGCAUCAGUCCUAGCAAACCCCGGAAACAAAGCAAAGGUUGGCUCUAGCACCCCAAUUGUACGUGGUUGUAUGGUGCCAUUGGACCAGCAAGUUCAAAAUGUUUUUCAUGUUCACACAGCUGACCUCCAGAUCUGUCUUCAAAUCAUAUCCGAUGAGCAGAUGGCUCUCAUUGCACCCCAAAUUGAGUGUCAGUCAGGUUCUAGUCUGUCACAGAUGAGUGAAAUUGAAGUUAUGGCAUCAGAAUCUAUCCAGAGUAAGACUCAAAAUUUUGGCUCAAUGAAAAUGAGCAAUGUCAAAAGAAUACAUGAAGAACCAAGAAAUCAAAAGGAGGGGGACAGAAAGGAGUCUUUAAUGAGACUUAACCCAGAGAGAGUAAAAUCUCCACAGUCUGUACAGCUGGUGAACGAAAAAAAUGAACAAGGCGAUGCUUCUAAAAGCGGAUCAUUAACCAAAUAUAUCCAUCCUCAGACAUCAUCCCAACACCUACAAAAUGAUGGCCAUUUUAUCACGGUCACACACUCUCGAAAUUCUGCAGGCAGUAUUAUGUCAACCUCUACCUCCUUCAGAGGAGUAAAGUCAGGAGUGAGCCACACGUCAGAAACAAAACAAGUUGUCUCUCCAAACCUUUCUGUUGAGGAGGAAUUUUUAUCCAACAGGAGGGUUAGCCAAAUUGGAAUGGUACAACAAACGCCUUUUGGUCAACAGAAAAUCUAUGAGACAUCUCCUUCUUCCAGUUCAGCAAAUCUGAACAACACAAACGGUGAAGUUGUGGAUAAAAGCCAACAAAAACCUAAACCCCCAGGAGUCUCGUGUAAUGCAGGUGAACUGAAAAGUCAUGGUGGAGCUGUGGCGUGCAAAGUCAGAAGGACAGAGUGUGUAGAGUCCCUCAAACAGGCCAACAGUUUAGACAUUAUUGGAACAGUCCUUCCAAUUUCCAUUAAUGAUGUAAAAGUUCUCAGCCAGCCCAGCACACAAGCAUUUGUCUUUCACAGCCAUCAAGUGGAACCUACAAAAUGUUUGAACCAGAGUUCAGUCAAACAUGCAAACAUGCAACUGAACAGAGUGGAUCCGUCGAACAAUUCCUCUUCUUCAGUGGUAGUUUGUUCCUCUGACAUACAGAAUGUCAUCAGGAGAGAGCAUUCAGAAAAACCUCUGGCUCAGUUUACCUUAAAGGCUGCUUCUGUUGACAUGGAAAGACCCAGAGACAAUACAGACCUUCAGAGCUCCACUGCAGGGAUGACGGAGGCAGUACAGAAGGAUCGGUGCUCACAGGAACAUAGAGAAACACAUGUGCAUCCAAAGAGCACAGAUUGGAGAGCGCUGCAGAACCAAGGGGAGCCAGAGACAAAGCACCAGCGCUUGGAGGAGCAGGCUGGUGACGUGCUGACAGGGGAGGAGCAGAACAAGGGAAUCAAGACAAACGGUGGACCAGAGUCUUACUGCACACAUGUGGCUGUACCAAACAAGGCCAAGCCAAAGGGAGAAGAAACAAAGUUACAUCUGGAAUCUUUUAAAAUCUCCUGUUUGUCUGAACAGGAUUUACAGCCUGUUUCCCAGACAAACUCAGGAAUGUCUGAGUGCCCUCCACCCAACCUCCAUCCAAGCCUGAACACCUCACAUAACCCUGACCUGUCCACCAACAGCAUUCAUACCAGCUUUUUAGACUGUUCACCUAUUGAAAUCAAACAUCUCUAUCCACCACAGAAGAACUGGGACAGCAGCAACAUCAUGUUCAACCAGCAAAUGCAGGUCUCAUGUGAAGCAAAUAUGAGCCAACAUGUCCCAGCGCCAGUUCCUUUAUCAGAAACACAAAGUAUUUUUUUUUGCACUGAGCCAAGCCUUCAGUCAUUUACAAGUCGAGAUCAAACAAAAAGCUCCAUCAGUUUAGCAGCUCAGCAAGGCUAUAACAGCACAGGUAUCUACAGGACAGCUGAAGGCUGUUGUGAUGUUUUUACUGUAGAUAGCAACAAAAAACAUAGCGUCUUACCAGAUUUCAAAACAUUGUCCUCUACGUACUUAAGCCAAGUUCCCAAAGUGCACAGAAGUUCUGGUGAGAUGACCACAGACAUCCAAAGGCUGCAAGACAACCAGAUUUCUAUAUCUCCAUCUCAGCCCUUUUCAUUUCUGGAACCUGAUGAAAAGCAAAAGACUGCAGACACACCAAAUGACUUCAUCAAUCAGAGCUGUAACUCUGGCAGACCAGACAUUAGCAACAAAUACCAGUCUAUUUUCAUGAUUGGCCCUCUUCAUGACUACCAACCAGCAGACUGUCUGCCUAGUGGAGUGAGGCCAGUGCUGAGCUUCCAAGACGAUACAGAAGACACCAGCAGCAGUGAUGAUGAAGGAAAGCUUAUCAUUGAACUGUAGUUUAAUAUAUGACACAAAAAUAUUCUAUACACAAUUUUUGUUGCUGUGUAUAUUUUUAUGAGGCAAACUACUCAGGAGGAACUAAUAUGAACAAUGGUUGAUUUAAUUCAGUGGCAAGAGGAACAGUACUGUACAUGUCAGUCUGAACCUCUGAAACUUAAAUAUGGCAUUUGUAUAUUUAAAAUGUUUCCUGCGAUUGUAAAAGUAAUCUUGUGGCAAUACUGUAAAGAGUAAAUUAAGCUGUUAUUUUAAACUGGGCUUCAUGGUAA